GGCCUCUAAACCCUCCUCUACUGACCACGCUCUGGACAGCACACACUGCACAGGAAACAAAGAGAUUGGGGGGAUGUGGAGUAGAACCAUGCCUUUGAAAAGCUCCAGAGUUGCUGCUCUGCUGCUGCUGUCUGCGCAUCUGCUGCAUGCGUCUGCUCUUCCAGCUGCAUCUUCCUACGAGUUUACAGCCUACAGGAUGCAGCAGUACAACCUGCAUCAGGACAAACGCGGUUGCCGAGGUGCCAUCGUCGUAGCAGAGGCACGUGCUGCGGAUGAUUCCAUCCUGACCCGCCGCUGUGUGAUCAUGAAGUUGCCUGACUUCACAGUAGAGCGCUACCUAGAGGCCAGGAGGCAGAACGCAGCGGCGAUCCUCAUACUGCUCCCUCACAACAUCUCAGGGGUACCUGAAGAAGUCAUACAGGGGUUCAUGGAGAGUGAGUCGGAGGCUCUGAAGAAGGAGACGCUGAUGCCCAUUUAUGUGGUGCCUGAGGAUGAGCAGCUGCUGUGUAUGUAUUCAGAGGUGAAGCUGGCUGCAGCAACCAAGUCUGCUUCCAUUCUGGUCAGAGUUCUCCGCAGUAUGGUCACAGCCACUGCCUUCCAGAUCCUGGUGAGCAACAACGCCCCCAUCAAGCCCAUCACCAACAACUCCAUCAUCACACUAGAGGGUGUGCUUCCUGGAGUCGGAGAAGACCCACCCACCAUCGCCAUCACCGCCCACUACGACUCUUUCGGCCUAGCUCCGUGGCUGGCGUAUGGAGCCGACUCAAACGGCAGUGGAGUUGCUAUUCUGCUGGAACUGGCUCGUCUCUUUCAGCGGCUCUAUAGUGACCCUCGCAACAAAGCUCCGUAUCACCUUCUUUUCUCUCUCACCGGUGGUGGGAAGUAUAAUUUUCUUGGCACAAAGCGCUGGCUUGAAGAAAAUAUGGACCAUGCAGAAUCCAGUCUCCUGCACGACAGUGUGGCGUUCGUUAUCUGCUUGGACUCUCUUGGCUCUGGGGAUGAGCUUUUCCUCCAUGUUUCUCGACCCCCAAAACCAGGGACCCCUCAGUAUGGCUUCAUCCAGCAGCUGGAAGAGGUGAUUUCCUCCAGGUUUCCAUGGGUGAGGUUUGGAACUGUGCACAAAAAGAUCAAUCUGCAGGAGUCCACAGUAGCAUGGGAGCAUGAGCGCUAUGGCAUGAGACACAUCCCCGGUUUCACCGUCUCUCAUCUGGAAGACCCUAGAUCAGAGCGCAGGGGCUCCAUCCUCGACACUGGGGCACAGGUGGACAUCAGGAAAAUCAAGAGGAAUGCGGUCAUUAUCGCUGAGUCCUUGGCACGGUACAUGUACAAUCUGUCCGACAAGGGUUCUCCCAAGGAAAUCCAGGUUUUCAGGGGCAGUUUGGAUGUCGUGGACAGCCGCUUGUCUGCGCUGAUGGCCAUGUUGACGUCAGUCCCGCGAGCCACUCAGCUGAUGGACAAAGAGCCACAACAGAUGCUUCUCAUCAACAGCUUAGAGCAGGAGUUCAGACGAUACCUGCAGCAGGUCUACAGACACACCUUCCGGACAGACCGCAAAGAUCCUGACAUUACAUUCUUCGACCAGAUGAAACAGCCAAUGAUCAUGUACAGGGUGAAGCCAGCUGCAUUCGAUCUGUUCCUUGGUGGCUGUAUUGCUGGGUAUCUAGGAAUAGUGUACUACGCAAUCCAGAACUUUGGAAAACUUUAUACAAGACUGAAGGCGGCAGUGAAGACCAAGCAGCAGUGAGACGCUUAGAGCAGUACAGGCCUGGGAUCAGCAUUGAGGAAGUGUAUUGUGUGGCGUUGUAUUUCACUUUUUUAUGUCAUUUUAUAAAUAAAGAUGGUCUUUCUUCACGGA